AGAUCUAGAUAGACAUCUAAUUUUUCUUACUGUCAUUCUUGAAAUUCUCUGACUUUUAUUUGACCAGAACGGAUUGGAGCUUUUUUAUUUCUGGCAAGAACACUUUACGAGGGCAUGUGAAGAUCAAUGCAAAAUGAGAGUGCAGACCUUUUUCAAGCUUGGCCGCACUGCUCUGCCAGUCGCUUUUGGAGCAGCUGUGAUCAGUAACAAUUUUGACCUGGGCUCACUGGGCAUUGUACGAUUUGGCAGAGCUGCUGCAACGGUUCUGAAGAUUGGUGUUGAUUACAAACUGUUGUUUAGGAAAUAUGACACUUCACAUCCUGAGUACGCUGAUGCUGUUCAUGAAUUGCACUUGAAGUCUGCAACAAGUUUGCGGACAAUGUGUUGCAAAAAUGGUGGAGCGUUCAUCAAAGUUGGUCAGCAUCUUGGCUCAUUAGAGUAUUUACUCCCCAUUGAGUAUGUACAAACCAUGAAAGUCCUCCACGAUAAAGCACCGCAGUCAGAUCUGGAAGAUUUAAAGACUGUAGUGUUUGAAGACUUGGGAGAACAGGUCGACGAUCUAUUUUUAGAAUUUGAUCCUGAACCACUGGGUGCAGCGUCUCUUGCUCAAGUUCACAAAGCACGGCUGCGGGACGGUCGGCUGGUGGCGGUCAAGAUACAACAUCCCAAAGUUAAAGCUCACUCACAUGUUGACAUCAGGACUAUGGAGUUUUUGGUUCAUGCUGUGAAUUGGGCUUUCCCAAAUUUCAACUAUGUGUGGCUAGCAGAAGAGACCAAGAAAAAUUUGCCUGUUGAACUCGACUUUGUCAAUGAAGGGCAGAACUGUGAACGACUAGGAGAGAUGCUGAGCAAAUUUGAAUUUCUCAAGGUUCCAAAAGUGAUCUGGGAACACUCAUCGGAUCGAGUGCUGACGAUGGAAUUUUGUGAAGGUGGGAAGGUGGAUGAUCUUCAGUACAUGGAGGAUCACAACAUCUCUGUCAAUCAGGUUACUGAACGCCUUGGUAAAUUGUACAGUGAGAUGAUCUUUGUUCAAGGCUACGUCCAUUGUGAUCCCCAUCCUGGCAAUGUUCUGGUGCGCAAAGGCAAGUCAGGUCCUGAGAUCAUCUUACUUGACCAUGGCUUGUAUCAGACAUUGACUGACGACUUUAGAGUGGAGUACAGCAAGAUGUGGAUGUCCAUGAUCAACGCGGAUGUGGAGGGCAUGAAGCAACACGCGACAGCACUCAACGUUGGCGACUUAUUCGGGCUCUUUGCCUGCAUGCUGUCUGCUCGGUCUUGGGAUGCUCUACUCGCUGGGAUUGACAAGCAUGAGUUUACUGUUGAAGAGAAAAAUGAAAUCAGAACCAAUGUUGGAAACUACCUGGUGGAAAUUUCGGCUAUUCUUGGACGUGUACCUAGGCAGAUGCUUCUGCUGCUGAAAACAAAUGAUGUUCUUCGUGGCAUUGAGUCUGCUCUCAACUCAAGACCUAGCUCUACAUCCUUUAUCAAUAUGUCUCGCUGCUGUAUCAAGGCUGUGACUGACUGGGAAAUGCUGUCGUGUUCCUCAUGGGGCUGCUACUUCAGACUGAAACUUCAUCAGCAACUGCAGCUGGCCCGUAUCUCCAUGUACUCUGUGUACCUUUGGCUCAUUAGCUUACCUUUGUUUUCUAAGAGAAAAUCAUUGCAUAGUUGAUGAAGGUUUUUAGCUAGGAACCUUUGAUUAUUUUCUGUGAUACCAUGUUGUGAAUGUCAUGGCUGGUCAGUUUUGGAUACAUGGUAUUAGCUUUUCUAGGAUGACUCUGAAUUAACCCCAACCUGUUAAUCAAAAUAUGGUUGAUUACUUUAAGUCUGAGAUACUUAUGUGAUUUUCGUGCCAAUUUAGAAGUGUAUUUAGAGGAUGAUUUCUUUGAACAGGAAUUUUAAUCUGUUUAUGUUACAUAACUGGUCAUUGGACUGGCCUCCAAGCUCUUUUUAUGAAAAGUGAGAGAAGGUUCAAAGUUUGUUGGAUGUACAAGUCCGAUAUAUCUGUUUCAGUUUUCAAGGAGGAUUUGUUUUAAUUACAGUGUCAUCUUUUAUGUGUGUGUUUUCUGACACUUUCCUCUGAGAAAAUUUCUAGAAACACUGAGCAGUUUGCAAAGUGUUAAAAAUAGGAGGUGCAUAGGAUGAAAUGUACAAAAAAAAUCAUGAGCUGUGUGUGUCAAAUGUAGAAAUUGACUUGGACUUUGCAAAUGUCUGUUAUUGUCAGCAAAAAUUAAGAUAGCAGACAGAGAAAUUCAGAUUUAUAGCAGACAGAAAAAUAAAAAUGGA